AUGCACUCGCGUCGACCCGAGACCUUGAAGAUUGACAUCUCCAAGUAUAGGGGAGUCGAAGAGGACUCCCUCUUGAGAUGGUUCGUCGAAUUAGACGACGCCAUAAGGGCGCGUCGCAUCGACGACGGGGAUAUGCAAGUUGCAUUUGCCCAGUCAAAUCUGGCAGGACGUGCCAAGACUUGGGCACUGGGGCUCAAGUUGCACGACCCAUAUGCGUUUGGGUCGUUGGAAGUCUUCAAGUCGCGGCUCAGACAAACGUUUGAACCGCCUAGAGCUGAGUUCAGAGCUCGAACUGAACUCUUGAAGCUCAAGCAGGGUAAGCGUGAUGUGCACGCUUACGCGCAACAUAUACGACAUCUCACGAGUUGUAUAAGUUCCAACCCGGUUGAUGAACACACGUUGGUUUCGGUGUUCAUGCAGGGUCUUGCGGAUGGUCCCGUCAAGACUCACCUGUUCCGACUUGAACUAGAUUCACUAGAACAAGCCAUUUCCAUUGCGGAACAGGAAGACUUCAGUCUGAGACAGGCUCGCGCCAGCUCGACAUCAUAUCGUCAACCGAGACGAUAUGACAGCGGAGGUCCAGAGCCGAUGGAACUCUGUUAUGUAGAGAGCGAGAAGGCUCGCUCUACAGACUACAAGAAGUUGCAGAGAUGCAACAGAUGUCAGAAGACAGGACACUACGCUUACGAGUGUAGUGCCCCUCGUCCAGUGUCUCGCAACACUGGGCGUAGUGACCGUCCACCCAUGAGAAAGGGGCAGGGACGAGGGUCCGCUGUUGGUGCAAAGACGCAACAACGGGAUGGACCGUCAAAAAACGGACAGGAUCAGUAG